GUCUUGGAUAAUGCAUCGGAUUGUGUUUCAGUGGUUGAAGGCAGACUAUUCAAUGGAUUGCUCCGUCUACCUCCAAUGACUGGCGCUCGCCUUUCUAUGUUGGCCAAUUGAAGAGAGAUUUGACAAUCAUGUUCGCAGACUUAGCUGUGGGACCUCCGCCGACAAAACAUGUGUGGGACAGCGAGAUUAGCCCUUCUUCCGGGGUCCAAGCUGUGUCUUCCGCUGUCAUCGAACUUCGCAGUAUUUAACAUCAACACACACUGCAACACUGCCUUUGUGACUCCGGUAUACAUUAGUGCAUUCCUUGUAUUCAUUCUGCAAAUCGUCCGGUGUUUCUUGAUACUGUACGUUCUGGGCGCGCGGAUGGAGAUCCCCAUGUCCCUCAUGAUGUGGUGGUCGUCACCCUUGACAUUCAUUUCAUUUUUGAUAGGUGUAGUACGACAUGAAUAUUCUGGGACUACUGGAGGUCGGCGCUCAGCUCCGUGGUACAGUGCUAACUCGUAGGUUAUGCAUCAAAUCAUGAUGGUCAGCCCACAUUCUCCGUG